AUGGCGCCCAUUCGUCAGCGCUUUCAUUGUCUAGCGCUGUGCACUGCAGUGCUGCACGCGCUUGGUGAGAAAGGCUUCGAGUAUUAUGCUGGCAAUGAAGGACCCUGGUCAUCUGAGUUUUCUGUGACGAUUCAUCACAAGGGACAAUCAGUGCAGCCGCACGUCUAUGGCAUCAACGUGCCUAGCGACCGGCAAGACGGACCCGAGCCUGCAGAUCGAUCAACGUCGUGGGUGGAAUUUGCGCAGCCAUGCGAGAAAAGUGUCUCGACUGUGGAAGUCACCAGGAAGAAGGCGCCCUUUCCAAGCAAUGUUCAUAUUCGGCCUAAGCGAUAUGGCAUACAGCUCCGUGUUUCUCCAGAUGCUCACACAGUCUCAUUUGAAGUGCAUGGCUGCGGCAAGCACCUCUCUGUGCAUUACGGAUCUGUCUAUGCCAGUGCAAACUCGAACAAGUACAGCAUGGACUCCAGCACCCACGACGCGAUGCUGCUUUUUGUCAGUGAGCCAACGCCAGCGGUGAGUCAUGAUGCAUUGGUGAUUCCGCCUGGAGAACACUACGUCGGCAAUGGAGGUGUCCUGAACAUCUCCUGCGAGGUGCCGUCGGUUUUUCUCCAACGAGGCGCCUAUGUCUACGGCAAGUUAUCGGUGCAGUGCAAACAGCGGCCAACCAACGUGUAUGGACCUGGAAUCUUGGAUGGCCGCUACUUCAGGUACCACGAGCGCAAAGGAGAUCUGUGGAACGAAACGCGGAUGAUGUUGUCAUUUGGCGGCUCAGCGGGCGGUGACGUCUGGGGUUUGACAGUGGUAAAUCCGAAUUUUCGGCUCUAUGAUGUGAUUGUCAGUGGCAGCAAGAUGAGGAUGUUUCGUGGCUUGGGCUGGGCGGCCAACAAUGGCGGCGGCCACUUCGAAGCCAACACUUCUGCCAGUAAUUCCUUUAUCCGAAGCACUGAUGACCUCAUCAAGGUCAGAGACGGAGACAUUGCGACCGACAACAUGGUGCUGUGGCAGUCAUACAAUGGUGGCACCUUUCAACUUGGCUGGGCAGGACUGCAUUUGGUCAACAUCACUCAUCGCGCUGCAAGUGUCAUUGAGAAUGAAUGGCGGGCACCUGAUGACUGGGAGAAAUAUGACACAAGGCCUAACAAUGCCGUCGUGAGUCUUGUGGAUUCCAAGUCAGCUGACCCAGCAGCAUUGGUGGGCCCCUUCGUUUGGCAAGACUUGCAGAUUGAUGGAGAUGUGUCACAUCCGCUGAGCCUUCGCUUAGAGAACGGUGUCUUGGGCAAUGUCCUCUUUGAUGGCCUGACCAUCGCCGGAAAUGUCACCCGCUUUGCCUUUGCAACGGCCACGAAGGGCAAAGCAACAAUCGCCAAUGUCACCUUCCGAAAUUUCACGAUAGCAGGAAGGCUGAUCUCGCGCUUAGAUGACCCUGCCUUUCACUUCCUGCACGCUGGAGGUGUCCUCGUCAACACUUUCAAGUUCGAGCCUGGCCUGAGAGACCAGACAAUUUUGAUGUAA